AGAACUGGAAGUGGGCUCGCGGUAGGGGGAAGCGGCGGGUUAAAUCCGCUCCUCCCCACACUUCACUUCCGAGGGGUGAGCGGGAGAGGGGAGACUGGGGUUGGAGCGGCGGCUAGGGGGCCCCUCCCUCGCACCUCCCCCCACCGGACUUGGUCGCGCCCGAAGUGUAACACUUUCUCUUUGUCGGAGGAGCUCCGCUGUUUCCUGUGCUGUAGCUCCCGUUGCGGCGGCGCCCGUGGCAGCCCUGGCGGACGCAGGAGCGAUGGCAGCGACCGAUAUAGCUCGCCAGGUGGGUGAAGGUUGCCGAACUGUCCCCCUGGCUGGACAUGUGGGAUUUGACAGCUUGCCCGACCAGCUGGUGAAUAAGUCAGUCAGCCAGGGCUUCUGCUUCAACAUCCUGUGCGUGGGAGAAACAGGUUUGGGCAAGUCCACCCUCAUGGAUACCUUAUUCAACACCAAGUUCGAGGGGGAGCCAGCCACUCACACACAACCAGGUGUCCAGCUCCGGUCCAAUACCUAUGACCUUCAAGAAAGCAACGUGGGGCUAAAGCUCACAAUUGUUAGCACGGUGGGCUUUGGGGACCAGAUCAACAAGGAGGACAGCUAUAAGCCUAUUGUAGAAUUCAUCGACGCCCAGUUCGAGGCCUACCUGCAGGAAGAGCUGAAGAUCCGCAGGGUGCUGCACAGCUACCAUGACUCCCGCAUCCAUGCCUGCUUGUACUUCAUCGCCCCCACGGGUCACUCCUUGAAGUCCCUGGACCUAGUGACGAUGAAGAAGCUGGACAGUAAGGUGAACAUCAUCCCCAUCAUCGCCAAAUCAGAUGCCAUUUCUAAGAGUGAGCUAGCAAAGUUCAAAAUCAAAAUCACCAGCGAGCUUGUCAGCAACGGUGUCCAGAUCUAUCAAUUUCCUACAGAUGAUGAAUCAGUGGCAGAGAUCAACGGAACCAUGAACGCCCACCUGCCAUUUGCUGUCAUUGGCAGUACAGAGGAACUGAAGAUAGGCAACAAGAUGAUGAAGGCCCGGCAGUACCCGUGGGGCACAGUGCAGGUUGAAAAUGAGGCCCACUGCGACUUUGUGAAGCUGCGGGAGAUGCUGAUUCGGGUCAACAUGGAGGACCUGCGGGAGCAGACGCACAGCCGGCACUACGAGCUGUAUCGCCGCUGUAAGCUGGAGGAGAUGGGCUUCAAGGACAGCGACCCUGACAGCAAACCUUUCAGUUUACAGGAGACAUAUGAGGCCAAAAGGAAUGAGUUCCUAGGGGAGGUCCAGAAAAAAGAAGAGGAGAUGAGACAGAUGUUCGUCCAGAGAGUCAAAGAGAAAGAAGCUGAACUCAAAGAGGCAGAGAAAGAGCUGCAUGAGAAGUUUGACCGUCUGAAGAAACUACAUCAGGAUGAGAAGAAGAAGCUGGAGGAUAAGAAGAAGUCCCUGGAUGAUGAAGUGAACGCCUUCAAACAGAGGAAGACAGCGGCAGAGCUGCUCCAGUCCCAGGGCUCCCAGGCGGGAGGCUCACAGACUCUGAAAAGAGACAAAGAGAAGAAAAAUAAUCCAUGGCUGUGUACUGAAUAGUAUUCCCCGCUACAGCUGGACUGGACUCCAUUUAGCCUUUUAAGCCAAGGUUCCUCUUUUAACUGACAGCUUUCCUUUGGGGUCCCAGGCAGUCAGAUGCCCCUCCCCCCUGCCCCAUGAUGAACUUCCACUUCAAGCCCUAUUUCUUUUUGAGUUCCACCUCCCAACCCCAUGGGCACUGAGCAUGACCAACUUCUUCCCCUUCCCCCCCCCCUUUUUUUUUUUACUUUUUGAUGUUGCUUUUGUUUUUAUCAGCUUUUAAAACACACAGUCAAACAAGGCAAUGCCAGUGUUUCAGGCCUUUGGGGGAUUUCUCACUCCAAAAAUAGAUACUAGGAAGCCAAAAGCAGACAAGAUGAAAAGUGAACAUAGGCAUGCACCCUUUCUUGUUGGCACAGCAAGACUGCAGUCGGGAGAGGUAUUUCUUGGUGAGUCACUAAUGGGUUAAUGGCCAGAGGCAAGUAUGAAGAUGAACCCUAGCCUUCGAUUUAAAAAAAUAAAAAAAAGUAUGGAUACUCAGAGAGAUGCUGUCAGGGCUGCCACGUCUUCUUGGGAAAGACAUUGGCAGAUUUGCUAUUCUCCUAGCUGCUUCCAAGGAACCCCAAACUUGUACCACCAACUGGUCUUUACCCUCCCAGGUAGUUAUUUGCAGUACCAACUAGGAGACUCCCCACCAUUGGCCUUUGUUUACACAUUAACUUGAAAUGUUCUGAAAACUUCCAAGGUAUUAGUACCACCCAGUCUCUGACAGACUUUCAGACACGAGGCAGAAAUUUGGUAUGAAGGGAGACAUUUUGGUCCUUGAACAGGUAGGACCUUUUUUUUUUUUUCCUAAGAGGAAAUUGAGGCCCAAAGAAAUGAAGAGUCUUGCAGGAGGGUCUCAAGGCUGUUUCUUGUCAGAAGCCAGGCUGAAUUCAGUGUCUCCAGCCUGCCCAUCCAUUUCAUAACUGGAGUCGAGCUGUGCCACUAUGUUCCUGAAGACAAGAUUUUUGAUGUUGAGAGAAACUAAAUUGUUCGUAGUAGAGGCUCUUUGAAGUUUUUAUUUCCCUAUUAAAAAAUUUACCCAAUGAUGGGAGGGUAGAGACAGGCAAAGCAGAAAACUCCAGGCCAGCUCCUGAAGCAGGAGUCACCAGGACACACCUGUUCGCUGGUCAGCUUUCCUGGAAGUCUGGAAGGGCACCCGGGCCUGCAUCUAACAGACUCUAGAGAGUCUGGUGAAGAAUAAUCUGUGAGUGACCCCCAAGUCCUUCAGAUAGUCAACGAGGCUAUUAAAAGAAUGUAAAUGCUUACUUUGUGGCUACCCUUUUUCACUGUAGACAGAACAUUUUUUUUCCUUCUUCAGUGAAAAAGCUUUUGAGUUAGUACAUUAUUAUUUUCUUCAGUAACCAAAGUACUCUUCUGGUAAAACGAAACCAGCCACUCGAAAAGGUCUGUGCUUUUAUUUUCACAGACUGGAAUGGAAUGGCUUUCCUAAAAUACACACAUACGCACACACACACUUCAUUUCUCUUAAGCCAAGAAGUCUGCUUUCCUUAGCUGCAGUGCACAUCGUUUAUGGGUUUUGUUUUUUGUUUUACUCAUCUGGCGUUCACAUGUGGCUGUUAAUAUGUGCUUGUUUUUCAUUAAAAACAAGAAGCUUUAAACUGGUGUGUGGUGUUGUUAAAACCCUCAGCGGAAUUCCCUGGUGGCGGUGAUGGCACGCCAAUGGCCUCAUUUCUAACCUGUCUUCUUCCAGUGUCAACUGUGCUACCUCACGCUGCCCGCUUCCCUCACCCUCUCUGACUUCAAAUGUCUUUUUUCUUUGGCUAAUUUCAUGUUUUCUUUCUCUUUCUCUCUCCCU